UGGCUUGCCAUCUAACCUUUCUUGUUCAGCAAGGGUGUUGAAAACAGAGAGAAGAAGAACUAAAAAGUUGGGCAGCAAUGGAGAAGCUUGUGGGGCUUUGAAAAACUGAGGAGGCAGAAUAUAGAUGUAGAGGAAGAUUUAUAAUUCCAUGUGGGACAUGGAUUUAACAAAGGAAGUGAAAUAAUUCCAUUGCACUUCUUGAUAAAUUACCUUUUGGGAAACAUUAUAAAGUGUUUGCUUAUUAGGAAGGCUUUGAUUUUAGCCAGUAUCAGAUAUUUUGGUGGCACAGUUUAGAUUUUUGUGGCAGCCUGGGUCUUUGUUGUUUCUGCUUUUGUCCAAAGAAGAUGGAUGAGGAGGUGGAAAAGAUCACCUCUAAGGAUGUGAUUGAAAAAGGGGAGGGUGGAGAAGUUGAAAAUCUGUCCCUUAGGAAAAGGAUGAUCAUAGUUAGGCACAGCUCAACUAAUAGAGACCCUACCCCAGAGCACAACAUCGUAGAGGACAUUCAAAAGCCUGGUGAUGUUAGGUCACCUCCAGAAACCAAGGAUGGAGAUGAAGGUGGGCAACUGCUGGAAUUGUCAAGGCUCGUUUGGGAAGAAUGUAAAAAGAGCAGCUGGUGGGAGAAACAUGGAGCAGACUGGGCCAUUAUUGGACUGGCAAUGUGCACUGUACCUGCAGGUUUCGUAUGUCUGGGGUCCAGCAGCCUGUUUCUCUUUAUGUUGGGCAUCAUUAUCCUAGGACUGGGCAACUCUGUAAUCACUGUCAAAGGGAGUCACCUGGCAAGUCACCGGUCACUUUGCCAAUCAACAGAGCUGGGAAGGAUUUGGGCCACGUUCUUUAUUGAGGUGUGCAGCUGGCUCCCAGUCCCCUGUGGAGAAAAGGGCCACGUCAAGCAACAUCAUGGCCAUACCAAUGUCAUUGGCCUGGGGGACUCCAGUGUAUGGAAGGCUCCGUACCUGAGCUGUGCUGUGUAUAUGUUCCUGGCCCCGUUGGCUCUGCCAGUCCUUACCCUGCUUGUGGGGCUCAGAUACAUGAUGCAGAUGCCUCUUUCCAAAGCUCUGUGCAGCCUGUUCUUCAUCUCCCUAGGUUUGUUGGGACAUUGCUGGCUACUUGCUCGGAUCUCAGGGUUGGGUGUAGGAUCUGCCAUCGGAUGCAUGUUCCUCUCUCGGUCAAUGAUGGCCAUUCCUUUCAUACAUGUUAAUAUAUUUCAGCACAUAGGGCUGCCCAUGUUCUCCCCAACUCAACGUCCUCGGCGAUUGGAACUCAUUACUCACUCUGUGCUGAAUUUGCCUCGGAAUCUAAUCCUGGACUGGACAUUUGGUCACACGCUCAUCAGCUGCCACGUGGAGCACCACCUCUUCCCAAUGCUCUCGGAUCACAUGUGCCUAAAGGUGAAACCUAUGGUGUCCAGUUUUCUGCGCACGCACAAUCUCCCAUACCAGGAAGAUACUUACAUGUCCCGUCUACAGCUCUUUCUGAGUAACUACAAUGAGCUGAUGGUCCAGGCUCCCCCCAUUACACAGCUGGUAGACCUUCGAUAAGAUACUCUAAAGGGCAGAAGAGAUUUUUGAAUGCUGAUUUCACACCUUUUUUUUUGGAUUAAGGUCCAGGGAAUGGGCUGGCCACUCCAUAACUUCAAUCUUGUUGGUUUGGAACCAAGAUGUUACUCAUUUACUAUGAGUCUACUAUGAUUUACUAUUAUGUUUGGGGUAUUUCCUCUUCAGCAUAACGCUACAUGACCUUUUCAAGUAUUUUGAUGCAUUGAUACUGAUCCAUGAUCCCUGGUACGUGAUAAAUACGCCCAAUAACAUAGUAUGAGACACAUCCCCAUAUCAUGAUGCUUGUGCCACCAUGUUUCACUGUCGUCACACUGUACUGUGACUUGAAUUCAGUGUU